UUAUAACUACAAUAUCCUGUCGAUCUAGAUCUAAUUUUAGUCCCAAAAGAGCGCUUGAGGGGUGUGUGAUGUCAGGUCUUAGUGAAGCAGUUCUGUCUCAGAUACACUUGUCUGGAGAAGUGGAUUGUCCCCACUUCAAGCCUCACAUGCUCAAGGCUAACCUCUGUGUUGAGUGUAGCAAGUUGAUCAGCAAACACAGCCCAGCGGCCAUACCUGACGAUGAUUGCUUGCUGAGGGCUAUAGAGUUCUCCCAGAAGGGUGAGAAGGUGCCCAGCUGUAUCUUCCCUCGCCAGGACGGUAGGGGAGGGUUGUACCACGGUGGUUUCAAAGCAGUAAUGAACACAGAAUUCCUACAGAAAGAGAAUAUCACUCACAUUGUGAACACUGCUAAAGGACUUGAAAUGUUUGGGCCAAAGUAUCUAUCUGCAGUGGAGCGUGCCAAAUCGUCGGGUGUGAGUAUACUCAAUUUGGACUGGGAGGACACUGAACAGUAUAAGGUGUCCUAUGACGAUCUCGGGAGGAGCUCACAGUUUAUACACACUGGGAGGUUGGGAGGAGGCUCUGUGCUUGUGCACUGUGCUCAGGGCAAGUCUCGAUCGUCUCUAGCUGUGAUAAGCUAUCUACUGGCCAUUGAGAGGGGAACAAGCUUUGAGGAGUGUGCAAGAAUGGUGAAGGAGCAACGUAAAAUGGCCGAACCCAACCCAGCCUUCACGAGACUGCUCGUGGGAUAUAGUCGAUCAGACACUCUCAAGCAACUACAACAAGAACUUAUAGAUGCUUAGCUAGACAUAGUUGAUGCACUGUUGUGUGUGAAUAUCGUGUGUAUGAUUUAAUGGCCUUUAUUAUUGUGUGUGGUGGGUGAA